AUGCGAUGCGCGAGCAAGGCCGCCGAGAGCGCGUCUGCACGUCUCUGUGCGGACGCCGAAGCAGAAACAACAGCAACUGAUGUCCCAUCGGUUGCUGAAGCAACCCAGCCUGUGUCACUUGGUGAUGCAGGCGCUGGUCAUGAAGACACUCGUGUCUUCACAGAGUAUGAUCUUGGUGUGUCAUACUCUCCUGAUACGGAUGACGGAUCCGUAUCGACGGCGAUUGAAUCUAAGCCGCCUGCCAAGCGUGGCAUGGACGAUGCUUUGCGUCGCAUCAUCUUUGGUUCAUCUGAUUCAUCAGAUGAACCAUCGCCAAAGCGAAGGCGCUCGAGGUCGCGAGACUCGGGCGCUAAUAGUGGUGUCGGUUCUCCUAUGGACACCACUUCACAGCGAGGUGCCAGUACUUCUGUCGGCACGUCGCAGGAAGAGCGGGACCGCAAUGUCUUGCUUCUCGCUCCAGAAAAGAAGGCAUGGAUGCCUCCUAAAUCCGUCAUGGAUCACUUGUCGUCGCCGACAAGUGAUCGUUAUCGAACACGAUUGUUCGAUUCGUCAAGGAUUCAUCACCUUGACCCCAGCGCGAAAGACUAUCGCGCUGAACAUGAAUUCUUCAUCGAUGCUUUCUUUAGACAUCGAUGGUACAGUGGGAUUCACAAACGUGAUGGUCCCUCACUACUUCAGGCGUGGAACGCCUACAUCCAUAACCUCGAGGAUGUAGGUCGUGACGCUUGGAACGACAAACUUAUCAAAGCUCGUGAUAAGUUUGAAAAGCGAACCCCGACAGCCCCGUGGUGGCGCGAACGUAUCUCUAGUGAGAUGUACGAAGGGAUUGACAACCAGAAAUCCCUUUAUGACCGUGCCGGGAAGACUUUCUCCGGCGGUCCUUCUGCGGCACAGGAUAUGCCGCAUCGUACUGCUCAACCAGACCUAGUACGUCAACCUCCAGUUGGGAGCGGGGCUCCCAAGUAUCCCAGGACGGGGGAUAGCCGCGCCACCGGACGAGAUAACUCGUCCGACGUCCGUUCACGUCGCGGUGGCUCAUCAGCCGCUCAAUCAGAUAGCGCUGGCCACCGCGAAAGUCCUCUAAUGGAGGUGGAGGAGGAGGGAAGACGCUCUCCACACAUUUGUGGGGAAGCGUGUGUUCCCGAGAGCUUCUUUGAUCGCGUAACGCAAGGGUUACGCGGCGAUGUCGAACAUGAGCGGGACAGGCGUCUCCAACUGGCGGACACUGCCUCGAAGCAUCGAGCUGAGUUUGCCUUUGCUCAGCUUGAGAACGAGAGAUCUCUGACGUCUCUGCGUGACGAGCUAAGGGUAGCUCGUGGGGAUGUUGAGCGGUCUCGGGCUGAGAUAACUGCUCUUCAGACCCUUGUCGAUGCCCACCAUCGGGAGCACAAGGCUCUCUGCGAGAUGCUUGAGCGCAAGGGCGUUCUUCAUCGGAAGAAGCAGCGUACUGAUGGUACGGCUUUAGCCGACCAACGUAAGACGUGGGAUGCGUUCGCAUCUUACGUGGCAACUCGAUCGUGUAUGCGUUGCCUAGGCGGUGCAAUACACGAAAUGGGCCGAUGUAUUUGGGUAGUAGUUUACUGCUACCCAAGUUAG